AUGCUGACCGAGCCCAAAACGCCACUCCGGAAUAUCGACCGCAUAUCUAAGGCCUCUAAUAAAACCGUACGUCUGAGCCGGUCCCGCUUUUCGGCCAUUCACCUACCGCCUCACGAACUAUACGGAGUCUUGCUGGAGAUCCUGCUGAGACGGUCUCACAACAGAAUCAAACGAUCUGCAAGUGCUUCGCGCGUUGCCAGCUCGCCGGUGCAACCACCCAAAACUGAAUCUCGCAAGAGAAGACGCUCGUCGACAAUCUUGUCCCGUGAAUCCGGAAUCGUGGAACAUAUUCUGAAAGAUUACCUACGAUCGUUCUCAAGGGCCAUAGUGCGCGAAAAUGGCACUUGCCCAAAUUCGUCUACAAGCGCACCUAGCGAAAGUGCACCUGAAAGUGCUGAGUCGGUUGUAGAAAAAUGUGAAUCUGCAGUUGACCUCUCAAACCAAUUUCACCAGUCACUCCCACUUCCUUCGGAGAAUCCAUUGAGAACGCCAACCACCCGGCGGAGAGUUAAUCCACGGAGAAACUUGCGGGUGAGGCAAGAGUACGAUUUCAUGAAGUACUUGGAUCAUGCAGCCGAAGGCACUGGAAAUGUAUUCAAAAAUGACUACACUUCGGUUUUCGAAACAGAAGCCUCGACACCAAGAAGCAGACAAGAACCUGUAUUCCGAAGCGAUUCUGGAAUGGACUACCUCGAGCUUCGUGCAGAUUUCGAGCGUGCAAUCUUACAUUCUAGACAAGCAUUUGCGAUGCUCGACCCACAUAACUCUGGUGGACCGUCUUCUGCGCUUGACGACAAUCCCGAAGAUGACGAUAAUUAUCGCAGACCGAUACUAGAGUACGACGAUCGACAAAUCACUUUCGGAAUUAACCCUGAUACUGACAUGAGAGUUUCUGGAACUACAGCUGUUCUUUCUAGAUCAUUUGCAGACUCACCAUUUUUCUUGAAAAAAUCUACUGUUGACAUUUCGAAGGACCCAUCGGUCUCCGCUCGAGAAAGUCCUUCUGACACUCCUUCACGUCUGCAGAAACUUCAAGCAAAUACAGUCACGCCUCCAAAUCCAGAUCUUCACAGAGCAUUGCCAAUUGAUGCUAGGGAGCUUGUUGAUACUACACCUGGGAACUCCAAGUCACUUCUGGGAAAUACGGAAUCACAGAUUCAUGGUAUUGUUGACUCAAAAGACGAGGAUUCACUCGUUUGA